AUGGCAACUACCGCCUCACCCUCCACCACGACCACUCCCCGGUCCUUCCUCUCGUCGCCUUCCUUCUCACUCAGUGCUUGCAGGGCAUCGAAGUCGAACCACCUCCGGACGACGAGAAGGCUGCCCGUUAAUGUACGCUGCGCCAGUAGCUCUCCGGCCGCCGAUACAUCUUACACGACGAAGGUUUCGCGGAAUGCCAACAUAGCCAAGCUCCAAGCAGGCUAUUUGUUUCCCGAGAUUGCCAGAAGAAGGGCAGCUCAUCUGCUGAAGCAUCCUGACGCCAAAAUUAUAAGUCUGGGAAUAGGUGACACUACUGAGCCCAUUCCGGAGGUCAUAACAAAUGCCAUGGCAGAGAGAGCACAUGCUUUAUCCACAGUGGAUGGCUACAGUGGUUAUGGAGCUGAACAAGGUGAAAAGAAACUAAGGGCAGCAAUUGCUGCAACCUACUAUGCGGAUCUUGGUAUCGACGAAACCGAUAUAUUUGUCUCUGAUGGUGCAAAAUGUGACAUUUCUCGUCUACAGGUUCUUUUUGGAUCUAAAGUGAAGAUUGCAGUUCAAGACCCAUCAUAUCCCGCAUAUGUUGAUUCAAGUGUUAUCAUGGGGCAAACUGACUUAUAUCAGCAGGAUGUUCAGAAGUAUGGAAAUAUUGAAUACAUGAGAUGCAGUCCUGAAAAUGGAUUUUUCCCUGAUCUUUCCAAGGUCCCACGGACAGAUAUCAUAUUCUUUUGUUCACCCAACAAUCCUACUGGUGCUGCUGCAUCUAGGGACCAGCUAACACAGUUGGUCAAAUUCGCAAAGGACAAUGGGUCCAUAAUAGUCUAUGAUUCUGCUUAUGCCAUGUACAUAUCAGAUGACAGCCCAAAAUCCAUCUUUGAAAUUCCUGGGGCAAAGGAGGUUGCCCUCGAGACAGCGUCUUUCUCUAAAUAUGCUGGGUUCACUGGUGUCCGACUGGGUUGGACCGUGGUCCCUAAGGAGCUCCUUUUCUCUGAUGGGCAUCCAGUUGCUAAAGAUUUCAACCGCAUAGUCUGCACUUCCUUCAAUGGCGCAUCGACCAUCUCUCAGGCCGGUGGUUUAGGCUGCCUCUCUCCAGAGGGUCUAAAGGCUAUGCAAGACGUUGUCGGAUUCUACAAGGAGAACACCAAAAUCAUUGUUGACACGUUUGAGUCGCUCGGAUUCAACGUCUACGGUGCCAAGAAUGCCCCCUAUGUGUGGGUGCACUUCCCUGGCCGCAAUUCCUGGGAUGUCUUUGCAGAGAUCCUUGAGAAGGCAAACGUGGUCACUACUCCUGGCAGUGGAUUUGGGCCCGGUGGCGAGGGCUUUGUGAGGGUCAGCGCAUUUGGCCACAGAGAGAACAUUAUUGAAGCUGCGAGAAGACUGAAGCAGCUAUACAAAUAA